AUGUUCCGGAUAGCUUUUUUAUGUGGACUUUUUGCAAUAGUGACGUCAUUCGAGAAGAAUAAUGGGCUAAAUGUCACGGAUUACAAAGAGAUGGAUGUUAAUAAUUAUUAUGUGAAGGUACGCUGAAGGGUUAUUUGCCUCUUGCAAUUUUCAAUUCACAGUCUUCAUUGUAGGCAGCAGGAACAUAAGAAGUAAAAAACAAAAAAAUUUUUUGAUAAUGAGUAGAAAUAAUCCGCUUAGAUUAGAGCUGCAUGUUCUGGUUAAAGUUUCGCAGUGUGACAACGUUUUCAACGAAAUUUUUUGGUUGAUAAACCCCCAAUCUUUUACAUGAGAGACUACAGAGCGUUUUGCAAAAGGCGCAAUCUCUUUCUUUCACUGGAAUUCGUUUAUGUCAAUGUUUUCAGCAAGUCAUCGAAGACGCUUUUGAAGAGUACAAGAACCGAAAAUUCGCUCCAAAAGAUUCGAUGGUGAUUUUGGAUCCGCUCUUUGCCGAAGGCGCUAAGGUUAUCGGCUUCAAACAUCAUGAAACACCCUACGUUGGUACUCGAUUCCACGUCAGAGUAGUCUUUGGACUUUGCCCGAAGGGUCCACGACAUUGCGAGCCAAGGUUUGUGCAGAAACUGGACCUAGUUGAGUUUGUCGCGGACAUUGAAAGGCCGCAUAACUUCACAAAGGAAUUUAUUUUUGAUCAAGAUCCCAGCUGGCACAGUACUGUAAGGCCCAGGAGUACUACUGAAGUAACAGAGAGUUCUGAGGCUCCAACGACGACAUCGGAGAAAACUAAGCAGACGUCGACGACAACUAAGUCUCCGACCAAACCUCCGACUUCUAAGCCGGUGUCAACGAAGGCGACGACAACUGAGGAGCCCUUUACCGCUCCUCCAAGCACAGAAAAAUCCACGGAGGAACCCACAAGUCAGCCACCAACAGAAGAGCCAUCUACGAAAGAACCAGAGCCUCAGACGUCUAGCACGCCUGAGCCUACUUCCGAAGCACCAAAAUCAUCUACGAAAAAGGAAAAACCAACGACUUCUUCAACUUUAAAAACCUCUUCAGAGGAACCGUCAACUCCUGAGCCAACAAAAGAACCAGUGACCGAGACGUCAAGCAAGCCUGAGCCUACAGUCCCGGAGACUACUUCCGAAGUGCCAGAACCAUCUACGAAAAAACAAAAGACAACGACAGCUUCAACUUCAGAGGCUUCUUCAGAGGAACCGUCAACUGAUGAGCCAACAAAACACACAGAAGAGCCAGAGACUGAAAAGCCCAGUACGCCUGAGGAGCCCUCUACCGCUCCUCCAAGUACAGAAAAAUCCACGGAGGAACCCACAAGUCAACCACCAACAGAAGAGCCAUCUACGAAAGAACCAGAGCCUGAGACGUCUAGCACACCUGGGCCUACUUCCAAAGCACCAGAAUCAUCUACUAAGAAGGAAAAAACGACAAAAGCUUUGACUACAGAGGUGUCUUCAGAGGAACCGUCAACUGCUGAGCCAACAAAAGAACCAGAAACAGAAAAGCCCAGCACGCCUGAACCGCCAGUCCCUGAGCCAACGACUGAAAAGGAACAGCCAACUGAAGCUUCAACCACAGAACCUCCAACGGAAAGACCAUCCAGCCAAACUCCUGGGGAGAAGCCUACAACAAAAGCAUUGCCAUCUAAAGAACCUAGCACAGCGAAACCUUCAGUUCCCGAGCCAACAACUCAGGCUAGACAGGCGCCUACACAAGAGCCGUCGAGCGAAGUUCCAAGUUCGGAGCCAAGGACUGAGGAGCCCUCAAGCAAAAAGCCGAAGAGAACUGAGCCGCCAACGUCAAAGCCGUCAACGAAAGCAGUCCCGACCCACAAGCCCACGAUAGUCUCAAAACCAUCAACAGAACACAGUAAGACGCCACAUGUUGAGCCUUUCACAGACUCUCCGACAAGUAAAGGACCAAGGGCUGAAUCAUCUGUAGAGCCUGUCAAGCCAUCUUCAAAAGAGCCCCAACCCUCAUCAGCAGCGCCAGAAAAGCCAACUAAGAAAGGUCCAACAACUACUACUAUAAACACCAUCCCCCCGAUUCCAAUCCCUUCUGGCAAUAAGACGGAAGAAGGCAAAAGUACACAGAAGGCGGAUGAAAAAACUGUUCGUAUACUUCCUAGAUCAUCGACCAGACAGUAAGUAAAUAACCCUUUCUAUUAAGUAUAUCUUAAUUCCAGUCCUCAUGAAGUCACCGAUGAGCCCACAACGGAGGAAAUUAUUGAAAUUUAA